GGCUCGGAGCCCGCGAAGAGGACUAGGAGGAAGGCGCCUCCGUGGCCGCAGCUGCGGUGCUCUGAGCGCGACGAGCCAUGAGCAGCGGCCCCGCGACCGACCCCGCUGUCGCUGGCCGCCGCUGAGCCUGGCCGGGGGACGGCUCGCCGCUCCCCAGCACCCUUUGCAGACGGCACCCUCUCGCCCAGAGAAACAUGAUUCCAGUGACAGAGUUCCGGCAGUUCUCUGAGCAGCAGCCUGCCUUCCGGGUUCUGAAGCCAUGGUGGGAUGUAUUUACCGAUUACUUGUCCGUGGCCAUGCUGAUGAUCGGUGUGUUCGGAUGCACUUUGCAGGUCAUGCAAGACAAGAUAAUCUGCCUUCCAAAAAGAGUGCAGGCUUCUCAGAACCAGUCUUCCGUUUCGAAUGUCUCUCAAGCAGUGGCCAGUACCACCCCACUGCCUCCCCCAAAACCAUCUCCCACUAACCCAGUCACUGUGGAAAUGAAAGGACUGAAGACAGAUUUGGACCUUCAGCAGUACAGCUUCAUUAACCAGAUGUGCUAUGAGCGAGCGCUCCACUGGUACGCCAAGUAUUUCCCUUACCUUGUCCUCAUCCAUACCCUGGUCUUCAUGCUCUGUAGCAACUUCUGGUUCAAAUUCCCUGGUUCCAGCUCCAAAAUAGAACAUUUCAUCUCAAUCCUGGGGAAGUGUUUUGACUCUCCCUGGACCACACGGGCUUUAUCUGAAGUGUCUGGGGAGGACUCAGAAGAAAAGGACAACAGGAAGAGCAACGUGAGCAGGUCCAACACCACCCCGUCCGGUCCAGAAGGCGGCCUGGUCAAGUCUCAGUCUUUAAAGUCAAUCCCUGAGAAGUUCGUGGUUGACAAGUCCACUGCAGGGGCUCUAGAUAAGAAGGAGGGUGAGCAAGCGAAGGCUUUGUUUGAGAAGGUGAAGAAGUUCAGGCUGCACGUAGAAGAAGGUGAUAUCCUGUAUGCUAUGUAUGUUCGUCAGACUGUACUUAAGGUUAUAAAAUUCCUAAUCAUCAUCGCAUAUAAUAGCGCCCUGGUUUCCAAGGUCCAAUUUACAGUGGACUGCAAUGUUGACAUUCAGGACAUGACUGGAUAUAAAAACUUUUCUUGCAAUCACACCAUGGCACACUUGUUCUCGAAACUCUCCUUUUGCUACCUGUGCUUUGUAAGUAUCUACGGAUUGACGUGCCUUUAUACCUUAUACUGGCUGUUCUACCGUUCUCUGAGGGAGUACUCUUUUGAGUACGUCCGGCAGGAAACUGGAAUUGAUGAUAUCCCAGACGUGAAAAAUGACUUUGCUUUUAUGCUUCAUAUGAUAGAUCAGUACGACCCUCUGUAUUCCAAGAGAUUUGCAGUCUUCCUAUCUGAAGUGAGUGAAAACAAAUUAAAGCAGCUGAAUUUAAACAAUGAGUGGACUCCGGAUAAACUGAGGCAGAAGCUGCAGACGAAUGCCCAUAACCGCCUGGAAUUGCCUCUCAUCAUGCUCUCUGGCCUUCCAGACACUGUUUUUGAAAUCACAGAGUUGCAGUCUCUAAAACUUGAAAUCAUUAAGAAUGUCAUGAUACCAGCCACCAUUGCACAGCUAGACAAUCUCCAGGAGCUCUCUCUGCACCAGUGCUCAGUCAAAAUCCACAGCGCAGCGCUCUCCUUCCUGAAGGAGAACCUCAAGGUCUUGAGCGUCAAGUUUGAUGAUUUGAGGGAGCUGCCCCCCUGGAUGUAUGGCCUCCGGAACCUGGAGGAGCUCUACCUGGUUGGCUCCCUAAGUCACGAUAUUUCCAAAAAUAUCACCCUUGAGUCUCUGCGGGAUCUCAAAAGCCUUAAAAUUCUCUCUAUCAAAAGCAAUGUUUCCAAAAUCCCACAGGCAGUGGUCGAUGUUGCCAGCCAUCUCCAGAAGAUGUGCAUACACAACGAUGGCACCAAGCUGGUGAUGCUUAACAAUCUGAAAAAGAUGACCAAUCUGACAGAGCUAGAGCUGGUCCACUGUGACCUGGAGCGCAUUCCUCAUGCCGUGUUCAGCCUGCUUAGCCUCCAGGAAUUGGACCUCAAGGAAAAUAACCUGAAAUCUAUAGAAGAGAUCGUUAGCUUCCAGCACUUGAGAAAGCUGACAGUGCUAAAACUGUGGCAUAACAGCAUCACUUACAUCCCAGAGCAUAUAAAGAAACUCACCAGCCUGGAGCGCCUCUUCUUUAGUCACAAUAAAAUAGAGGUGCUGCCUUCCCACCUCUUCCUAUGCAACAAGAUCCGAUACCUGGACUUGUCCUACAAUGACAUUAGAUUUAUCCCGCCUGAGAUCGGAGUUCUACAAAGUUUACAGUAUUUUUCCAUCACUUGUAACAAAGUGGAGAGCCUUCCAGAUGAACUCUAUUUCUGUAAGAAACUCAAAACUCUGAAGAUUGGGAAAAACAGCCUAUCAGUACUUUCACCAAAAAUUGGAAAUUUACUAUUUCUCUCCUAUUUAGAUGUCAAAGGCAAUCACUUUGAAAUUCUCCCUCCCGAACUGGGCGACUGUCGGGCUCUGAAGCGAGCUGGUUUAGUUGUAGAAGAUGCUCUGUUUGAAACCCUGCCUUCUGAUGUCCGGGAGCAAAUGAAAACAGAAUAACUUAUUUUUGUUUAAAGUUUGACUGAGACAUGCUUCUACCAAAUACAGUAUAAAUAAUUAGGUAGUCUUAAUGCCUUUCCUAUUUUAUUAUUUUUUUCUUUUUCACACACAACAAAAUGUACACAAAGACUGAGUAAGGAGUAUGUAUUUUUAAUAAAAAGUUAAUUGUAUUUUUUCAAUAUUAA